AUGGAACCCAUUCAGAAGGAACUCGCCAAGGAGCUGGUCAUGGUGGUCGAGAAGGACGGCGAGAAGGCCAUCGAUCGGGCUGACUCUGCUUCAUCGGUGGAGAGUACAGAGUACCCGGAUGGUGGACUACGCGCCUGGUUGAUUGUCUGUGGGUCCAUGUGUUGCACAUUCUCUACUUUCGGAUUUGUGAACGCCUGGGGGGUGUUUCAGUCUUAUUAUGAGACCGAUAUCUUGAAGGAUACUCCCGCUUCUAAUAUUGCUUGGAUCGGAUCCAUCCAGUAUUCUCUCGUCUUCGGAUGUGGCCUUGUAACAGGACGCCUACUUGAUCUAGGACAUUUUCGUGUGCCAUUUACAAUAGGAUCGGUGCUCGUCAUUGUUUCGACGUUCUUGGUCGCGCAUUGCAAAGAAUACUGGCAGUUCCUUCUAUGUCAGGGCUUUGCGAUUGGACUAGGAGCUGGUAUAUGCUUUGGGCCGACACUGGGAGUCGUAGGACAUUGGUGGCUUAAGCGCAGAGGGCUUGCUCUCGGGCUUACCGCAGUCGGCGCGUCAAUCGGGGGCACCGUAUACCCAAUUACUGCUCGACAGCUCAUUGGAAGAAUAGGAUUCCCUUGGACGAUGCGCGUCAUGGCCUUCAUCAAUAUUGCGGCUCUUGGAGUCUCAACGCUCACACUAAGUCCUCGUUUACUGCCCAAAGAUCUUCCUGGUGGAUUGUUCAACAUAAGAGCUUUCAGAUCGGCGUCAUUCACCAUCUGGUGCUUUGUCGGCUUUAUCUGCUUCCUCGGCAUUUACACAGUCCUAACCUUCAUCGACGUCAGCGCGAUUCGGGUUGGAGUGUCUCCCGACUUCUCCUUCUACCUUCUGAGCAUAGCUAAUGCCAGUUCGGGUAUCGGACGUAUCCUCACCGGGUUGAUGUGCGAUAGAGUCGGCGCGAUAAACGUCAUUGCUCCGAUGUCUCUCGCCGCCGCCAUAAUGACAUUCGCUUGGCCUUAUGCCCGAAGUCAAGGAUCGCUGAUCGCAGUGGCCAUUCUGUAUGGGUUUGCUUCGUCAUCCUUUGUCUCCGCCUUCAACAUGCCGGUAUAUGCUAUGGGUGAGAUGGGCGAUGUCGGCCGACGUCUCGGGACCGUCAUGGUGUUCACUGCAGUUGGCGCUCUCUGUGGACCUCCGAUUUCGGGUGCAAUUAACACUGCAACUGGGAACUUCGAGGCUGUCAGCUAUUACGCAGGCAGUGCGAUUCUUGUCGCGGUCGCCUUGAUGCUCAUAACGAAACGCCUCGUUCUGCGUAGCUUUUGGGGCAAAUUUUGA